AUGGAUCUUACAGGCAUACCUACGCCAUGUAUGGAUUGGACCUCGACAAAUUUGGUCGACAGCUGGAAAAAAUUCCAACAGCACGUGCAACUUAUAUUUGAUGGCCCAUUGAAAGAGAAAGAUGAGACUGUUAAGAUAAGUUAUUUACUUAUUUGGGUAGGCGACAAAGGUCGUGAUGUGUAUAAUACGUGGACUCUGACUAACGACGACAAGAAAAAGCUCGACACUUACUACAAGCGUUUUAAGGCGUAUGUGCAGCCUAAGCUCAACCCUGUGUUUAGCAGAUUCAAGUUCAAUAACGAGGUUCAAGGUCAGCAGUCGAUUGAGCAGUUUGUCACCAGACUCCGAUUGUUAGCUAAAGACUGUCAGUAUCACGAUGCAGACGAGAUGAUCCGUGAUAGGAUUGUGUUUGGGACAAAUUCCGCCAAGAUUCGCGAAAAGCUUAUCAAUGAAGGUGACAAGCUUACUCUGGAUAAAGCCAUCCAAAUCGCCCAGAACCACGAAUACUCACAGGAGCAGCUUAAGUCGAUGGGUACCACGUCACAGGAAGUUCACGCGGUUACAUCUAGACUACCGCCAGGAAAUCGUGAUUCCCACAAGACUUCCAAAACUGGCCAUAGCACCAGUCAACCUGAACCGAAACGGUAUAGUGACGCAGCCGCAAGCCAUGCAUCCAGUAAACCUGUAUGUCCGAACUGUGGAUACAAACAUACUAAAAAGGAGAAGUGCCCUGCGUACGGAAAAACCUGCAAGCUUUGCAAUAAACGGAACCACUUCGCCAAAGUUUGCCGUAGCAAGAAAGUUCAUGAAGUUCGCGAGCCGCACACAACUGGAGCAGAAUAUCCUUUAUACAGUCACAGCUCUAAUGACAAUUUUACUGAUUUGUUUGUUGAUUGUAUCAGUGUAGUUCAUGCUCUUAACAAAACUGAUGUGUCAUAUGAACAAAAUCAAGCAUUUACACAUGUUACAAUAGGUCCAAAUAAUGUACCAGUCAAAUGUAAGCUCGACACUCUCACAAGUUAA